CAUUUGGGCUCGAGGUGUGCAGCUCGCAUUCUGAAGCUUUGCGGGCAUCUAGCCGAGGAGCAGCCAUGCCGCCUGCGAGAACAUUCGCACUGCUCGUCACUUUCGGGCAGGCUUUCUGGUUAUCUUCUGGAGAGACCUUCAAGCUAGAGAAGCGCCCUAUCCCAAGCGCUUACUCGCUCCAGGGCCUCUCGGCCUUCACUGUCUACGCUCCUCCCGACGGACCGCCCGCCAAGGCUGAUGACGGCCCGUUUGUCGAGUUUAAGGGUUUGCAGGCGCAUUCCACUGACCCGAACAAGGGGGACGUGGACCUCGAGAACUAUGCGAGCCUCCAGCUUUCCUUGAUCAGUAAAGAAGACUACGACAGCCACAUUGCCAAGGGCCCACUCUGCAUUGGUGACCAGCUGUCCAGUGAGGGCACCGUCAUGCACAUGAACACCGUCGGUUUCACCAAGAGUCAGUUCCUGCACAAGAGCCUCAACAAGACAGGUGUGUACUUCUUGAUUAUGUCCAAUUGCGGAAACGUCUCCCUGGCCGAGGUGUCUGGCCAGGUCGCUGUGAGGAACCCGUUCGGCUACAUGUCCGGCACAGAGUACCACAAGAUGACAUUCUACGGCUACACCACGGUAGUGUAUAUGGCCCUGGCGAUCAUUUGGGGCGGUCUCUGCUUGACUUGGAUGCAGGAGUUGAUUGCCAUUCACGCGAUCGUAGGCCUAGUGAUCGGGCUUAAGCUGCUGGAGUGCGUGUGCUGGACUGUCCACCUCUACACCAUGAACCUGUCUGGGGACUCUUCGGACGCUAUCGUGUGCGUUCUGGUAAUGCUCACGACGCUGACGUGCUACACCUCCUACACUUUCAUCCUGGUGAUCGCGCAGGGCUGGAGGAUGACAGAGGAAGUCGUGGAUGACUGGAUGCUGCUCAAGAUGGGCCUCUUCGGGGUCGUCUGGGUGGUCAUCAGCUACCUGCGUGAGGGGGCCAUGGUGCACCGGCAGACGUUCCAGAUCUCCUUCAAUUUCAUGACCCUCACGGCUGUUGGUUCGUUCGUCGUCAACAUCAUGAUCUUCGCUUGGAUCUUCUCGUCUCUCGCAAGACUCUCCAGACAUUUGAAGGACCGCAGCUUGGAUGAGCAGCUGAAAGCCGUCUCCCGCUUUACCGUCGCCCUGAUCUGCUCGCUAGCUGCGUCCGUGCUGGUGGCGCUGCUCCAGCUCCUGGACAGCAUGGGCUCCCUGCAGGUGUCCUGGAAGUACCAGUACUUCGCCGACGGCGGCCUUUCACAGGUCAACUUCGCGUGCAUGGUCGUCGUCGCCAUGUGGGUGUGGAUGCCGAAGGCCGGUUCGGCGCAGCUGGGCUACUCUCUCCCCGUGGGCCAGAAUGAGGAGGACGGCCUCUGGAAGGAGGACGGCGGCGAGGACAACGUGGAGCACGAUGGCGGCAACAAGGCCCCCCCUGCCACCCUCGGGGCGGCGGACCAGGAUCGACCUCUGAUUCCCUCGAGGCCGGGCGCUCGGUCGACGUGGCGAGCUGACCUCCGCCGUGUAGCUCGCUCUCCUUCCGGUGGAGAGAAUGCGGCCGGUAACAUACGCUGUGCUCUUCAAAAGCAUUGUGGUUUUCACAGGCAUUUCGCGUUGAUUGGAUCGCACACUUUUGUGGCGCUGGUCACAGGCACGUCGUGAUUGUCGGGUCGCAGGCGAUUGUUUUUCGCAGGCGCACUGCGAUGCUUGCGGGCAUGUUGCAACACCGCAAGCGCACCCCCGCCGUGACGUGAUUGGCGCGACGGACCCCCCCCAAUCACGCGCGUGAUCGGCCCGAAUAAACGAACGGACUCUCAGGCCCUCGCUCCAUUCCCUCCUUCCUCCUUCCCUCCCCUUUUCCGCUCCUUGCCUCCGGCGGGCGCGCGCGCGCCUAGCGGGGGGGGGGCCGGUGGCGCAGGUCUCCGCCGCUUCCCGGUUCCUUCCGGCUCUUUCCUCCAUCUUCCCUCCUGUCUCUUUUGCCCUCCCAGCUGCUCUCGCCAGCUACGUCGGCUCGGGCGCGCGGUGGCGGAAGUGGCCUGUGGGUCGCGUCGUGUCUCGGUGGCGCCACCCGCCUCUGUCCGAGUCGGUUCUGUCUCCAGGUAAGGACCGCCUCGCCCCCUGCUGUCGCUUGCUGGUCAGCCUGUGUCCUCUC